AUGCAUAUCACUUCGGGAUUGUCGCCGGCGUCCGGCGAAAUGCUGGACGCCUCUAUCAACUUUUAUGGAGAUUCCGGAGAGCAGUGCGGAUUUUUUUCUCUCGACCACGCGGUUCCGGAAUCUUCGCACACCGUUGAAAUCGAAUACGUAUACGAGCAACCCGAUAGCUAUGUCUUCAAUGAACCCGCAGUAUUGGAACUGCAAACAGAAGAAGCUGGGAGUACAGUUAAAGAAGAUGAGCAACCAAAGAGUAGUGAAAAGAAAACUGUGAACGUAGUCGAGGAGGACCAAGAAACUGAUCUCACGAAUUUGACGUGGCUGCAAAAUAUAACUAAUAUUAUGGCGAUACCACAGUUUCCUAUACCACCAAUGUCGCCGAAUCCUCCAGCGAAAACUCAACCGCAGAACACAAGACUCCAGAAGUUUAAUCAAACUAUAGCAAAGUGCCAGAAAGAUUUCACGGAGAAUAGAGAAGACUACCGGAGCAACAGUGAGAAGAAACCUCCUUAUUCGUAUAGUACCUUAAUAUGCAUGGCAAUGAGGUACAAUAAUGACAAAAUGACUCUGUCUGCAAUUUAUUCAUGGAUAAGGGAGAACUUCAAGUAUUAUAGGAACGCGGACCCCACAUGGCAGAACUCCAUACGGCAUAACUUAUCACUCAACAAAGUCUUCGUAAAAGUGGCCCGUUCAAAACACGAACCUGGCAAAGGUGGCUUCUGGAAACUAGACCUGGCUCACCUGGAAGGCACUAAACGCAUUUCGAAUAGACCGCAUAAGAAGAAGAAGGCCAGCGAAAGAAAAGAGCCACAAGUCUCCGAAGAGCAAACAGCAAUCGCCAAUAUACCAAUUGAUAUAAACGAUCUGACCAAUGAACUUAACCAAGCUGUUACCUGGCAUUUACCUGAAUUUACCCUCCAGUCGUUAUCGGAUAUCGACAUGGACGCAAAUAUUGGGGCAAAUGUGAUUGUCGAACCAGUGGCGCCCCCACCUCUAAUGCCAGAAGAUGACUUGUCGUCUCUACUCCUGAAUCCAACGGACUGGUCGGAUCUUCAGCUGGAUAUGUUGGACAAUUAUUUGGAUUCGUGUUUCAAGUAA